UCUUCUCUCUCUUUUUUAUGUGUAAAGUCAUCUUCUCUUUUAAUUACAUCAAAUUCCAAACAAAAGAGAGUGAGUGAUGAAACCAAAGAGCAAAGUUGCAGAAUCUGCAGCUGCAUCAUGUUUUCUUGUCCUAAGCUUGUUAUGUAGCUGCGUUAAUGGUGACCAAACGGAGACUAAUAAUGAAGGCUUAUUUUACAGUUACUACGAGAAAACUUGUCCCAAAGUCGAAGAGAUCGUGAGAUCUUCACUUUCAUCAAUGUUUAUACUUGAUCCUACUUCUCCGGCAGCCUUGCUAAGGCUUAUGUUUCAUGACUGCCAAGUUCAGGGUUGUGACGCAUCAAUCCUACUCGAACCAAGUGGGGACCAACAGUUCACUGAGCUUGAUUCAGCCAAGAACUUCGGAAUCAGAAAGAGGGAUCUGAUUGGCUCUAUCAAAACCUCGCUGGAGCUUGAGUGUCCCAAGCAAGUCUCAUGCUCCGACGUCAUCAUCCUCGCCGCCAGAGACGCCGUGGCUCUCACUGGAGGCCCACUCAUCUCCGUGCCAUUAGGACGAAAAGACUCUCUCUCCACUCCAAGCAAACACGUGGCAGACUCUGAGCUUCCUCCGUCCACUGCUGACGUGGACACUACCUUAAGCCUCUUCGCUAGCAAAGGCAUGACCAUUGAAGAGUCCGUAGCCAUUAUGGGUGCACAUACGAUAGGAGUCACACAUUGCAACAACGUAUUAUCGCGUUUCGAUAACGCAAACGCGACAAGUGAGAACAUGGAUCCACGUUUUCAAACGUUUUUGCGUGUUGCUUGUCCAGAGUUUUCUCCAACUUCUCUAGCUGCGGAAGCCACAUUUGUCCCCAACGAUCAAACUUCAGUGAUCUUCGAUACAGCUUAUUACGAUGAUGCCAUCGCGGGACGUGGAAAUCUUAGAAUUGACUCGGAGAUUGGAGCUGAUCCACGUACACGUCCGUUUGUGGAAGCGUUUGCGGCUGACCAAGACCGCUUCUUCAACGCUUUCUCUUCCGCGUUUGUAAAAUUGUCGUCUUACAAAGUGUUAACCGGGAGUGAAGGAGUAGUUAGAAGCGUGUGUGACAAGGUUGAUUGAUGUAUAUUUAUAAUUAUCAAAUGUUAAAAAAAUUAUUAUAAUUAG